AUGGCCAACCCAGUUCAAUCAAUUGACUUUGAAAAGAUCCGACUGUCCUCAGAUGGAAGCAUUUCGGGAAUGAUAUCUCUGGGGUUUAAUGAGGUUGUGAUGAAGAACCCGUAUUUUGCUGCAGGAGGUGGUUUGAUGGUCUUAGGAAGUGGUCUUGCAUUAGCAAGACUGGGGAUGAUCAAAGGCUCUGGCUUCCUUUACCGUCAGAUGCUUGUGGACUUGGAAAUACCUUCUAAGGACAAGUCGUAUUUAUGGUUCUUGGAGUGGAUGUCAAAGCACAAACAGCGUCGUUCGAGACACUUAUCUGUGGAGACCAAUGUCAUCACUCACGAUAAUGGCGCCAUCACAACGAAAUUUUCACUAGUUCCAGGUCCUGGAAAGCAUCUCAUCAGGUAUAAAGGCGCAUUUAUGCUUGUGAGUCGUGAGAGGUCUGGUAAGAUGUUGGAUAUGACAAGUGGAACUCCAUUUGAAACUGUGACUUUAACAACUCUAUACCGUGAUAGAAAAUUAUUCAAUGAAUUGUUGGCCGAGGCUAAGAGCUUGGCGAUUAAAGCACAAGAAGGAAAAACCGUGAUUUUCACCUCGUGGGGACCAGAAUGGAGACCAUUUGGCCAACCAAGAGCUAAAAGAGUAUUGGGUUCCGUUAUUUUGGAUGAAGGAAUUGCCGAGAAUAUUGUUAAGGAUGUGCGCGAUUUUAUGGAUAGUGGUGAAUGGUACCACAAGAGAGGUAUUCCAUACCGAAGAGGUUAUUUGCUCUAUGGUCCCCCUGGUAGUGGUAAAUCGUCUUUCAUACAAGCUUUGGCGGGUGAGUUGGACUACAAUAUCUGUAUCUUGAACUUGUCGGAGAACAAUUUGACCGAUGACAGAUUAAAUCAUUUGAUCAACCACAUACCCAAUCGAUCAAUUUUGCUUCUAGAAGAUGUCGACGCUGCUUUCAACAAAAGAGAGCAAGUAGCCGACCAAGGCUAUACAAGCGGUGUAACAUUUUCGGGGUUGCUUAAUGCAUUGGAUGGUGUUGCCAGUGCUGAAGAAUGUAUCACUUUCAUGACCACCAACCACCCCGAGCGUUUGGACCCAGCUUUGUUGAGACCGGGCCGUGUGGACUACAAAGUCUUGAUUGAUAAUGCCACCGAGCACCAAGUUAAAAGAAUGUUCCUUAGAUUCUAUGAGGAUGAAGAACAACUUUGCGAGGAGUUUUUGGCCAAGUUUAGAAAACUCAAUCUCCAAAAUGUUAGUACGGCACAGUUGCAAGGACUAUUUGUGUAUAAUAAGCGCGACCCAAAGGCUGCUAUCGAUAUGAUAGAAACUUUGCAGAACCCAAAUUCUGUUUUUUAA